AUGGUCCCCUUUGCACGAGACUUCUCCAGAGAAACAGGCAGUGGUAGUCCAAACAACCAUCAAACCUUUGGCAUACGGAAUAAAGACAAUAUGAACUACCACAACCCAUCUUUCGUGCCCACUGGGCCCCGAAAUCAUCAGCACAAUGGACGUGCUCAGAACAACCGCGGGAACCACAAUCACUGGAACAACAGAAACAAUCAGAAUGACUCUGGCUAUGCGAAGAGCAACAACUGGAACAAUCACAAAGGCCCUGGUAGUUCCAAGAUCCACAAAAACUGGAACGACCGCAAUGGUUCUGGCUAUGCCAACAGCCAAGACCAUCACAAUCCCAACCGUUGGAACACCCACCAAGUUUGCGAUGACAAUAAGAAAAACGGUGGAAAGGGCAACUACAAGGGCAAGAACUUCAAUCCCAACUACAAAGGCAGGAGCUCCGAUCCCAACUACUACAAGGGGAAGAGCUCCAAGCCGCAAUCUGAUCAUCCUGUACGGGAAAAGGUGGCUCCAGCUCGAAAGAGCAAUCUGGAAAAUCAACACUCCAAUCCUUACCAUCCAUACCCGCAACGCCAUGAAGGAUAUCCCAACAACCAUUGCAAUGGCUAUCAGGACCAGAACCACCAGGCUCUGCCUUACAAGCUCUACAAUACAAGCCAAGACGAAGAUAUUGAAAUGGUCGAUGCACCAUCCGAUGAGCCAAAUGAUAUUGAAAUGCCCGAUGCACCACCUUCGCCCAUCGACCCCAGAGCUGCCGCCUUACACAUGAGUGCCUACGCAGUCAAGGAAAUCGCUGAGACUAUGAUCAAGCUGAUAGAAAACUACGACGCAAGCCUGAUCCCCAACUGA